GUGAAUCGUCGCUGUGAAUUAGGACGAGAGAUUGUCCUGAAAAGGCGCUUCAAGGUGAGGACACACCGCUACCAAGGAAAACCUCUCGGACCGACGCAUCCUGAGUGAUCCGGAGCGCGAUCUCCGCUGGUGAACGCAGAUUCGGUGACUCGUUCAGCAGAUCGCGUGGAGAAACGGAGUCGCUCCAGCUGAUCUCGGAUCCCACACACACGCACGCGCUCACGCACCCACACUGAAGAAGGUGCGUUCGAUUCGCCGACACACGUACGUACGGCCGUGCAGGCACCAACACAGGGGCGCGCACCCCACCACCCUCGUACGUGAGAGCGUAGCAGCGGACCAGCCGAUAAAAUGAAUGAGAAUGAUAAGUCAGUUAAGUGCGAGAACUCCGCCGAGGAGGAGGAGGACGAGAUGUUCGAGCGCGAGCUGGCCGAAGACGCGCAGUGGAAGCGAAUUCAACAGAACACCUUCACGAGAUGGGCGAACGAGCGGCUGAAGGCGGCGAACAAGCACAUCGGCGACCUGGAAUGCGACCUGUCCGACGGUCUCCGGCUGGUGAGCCUCAUCGAGGUGCUCUCGCAGAAGCGGCUGCCGAAACACAACCAGCGGCCCACCUUCCGCUCCCAAAAAUUGGAGAACGUGUCCGUCGCCCUUAAGUUUUUGGAGGACGAGGGCAUCAGGAUUGUCAAUAUCGACUCUUCGGACAUCGUAGACUGUAAAUUGAAGUUGAUCCUCGGUCUAAUAUGGACCCUGAUCCUGCACUAUUCGAUCUCUAUGCCCAUGUGGGAGGGCGACGAUGGCGAGGACAAAGGCGCUACCCCGAAGCAAAGGCUGAUGCACUGGAUCCAGUCGAAGGUGCCGGACCUGCCGAUCACAAACUUCACUUCCGAUUGGAACGACGGCCGCGCGGUAGGUGCGCUUGUUGAUGCAGUCGCACCUGGCCUUUGCCCGGAUUGGCAGGAUUGGAACCCGAAAGAUGCGAUGCAGAACGCGUCCGAAGCGAUGGGUCUCGCUGACGACUGGCUCAAUAUUCCUCAGCUCAUUAAACCCGAAGAGAUGGUGAACCCAAACAUCGACGAGAUGUCGAUGAUGACAUACCUGUCGCAAUAUCCCAGCGCAAAAUUAAAAUCAGGUGCACCUUUGCGCGCCCGCACGAAUCCAAACAGCAUCCCACCGCCGCGAGUACGCGCUUAUGGUCCUGGUAUAGAACCAACCGGUCCAAUCGUCGGCGCACCUGCCAAUUUCACCGUGGAAACCUUCUCCGCCGGCAAGGGUAACGUUGAUGUCAUCGUCGAAGAUCCAAAAGGAAACAAGCUACCGGUCGAGAUCAGAUUCAACAAGGACAGGAACCUGACGUACUCGGUUUCGUAUACUCCGAAGAUAGAGGGUCCGCACAAAGUGAAGGUGCACUUCGCCGGCAGGGGGAUCCCGAAGAGUCCGUAUACCGUUAACGUUGAGGGACACGCUGGUGACCCGAGCAAAGUCACGGCGAGCGGGCCGGGUCUGCAACCUGAAGGGAUCGUCGUCAACAGACCUACUUUCUUCGACAUCUUCACGAAGGACGCCGGCCGCGGCGUACCGGAAGUCAUCAUCCUGGAUCCGCAGGGUAGCAAAACUACGGUGCCGGUAAAGCUGCGCCAGACCUCGCCAGACGUCUGGAGAUGUGAGUACGUGUCGCCGGUGACGGGUCUACAUUCCGUCAAUGUCUUCUUCGCCGGCAAGCCUAUACCCGGAAGCCCCGUUGGCGUCAACAUCGCGCCGGUUUCCGACGCCAAGAAAUGCAGGGCGUACGGACGGGGGUUAUUGUCUACAGGCAUCCGCGUCCAGGACAUCGCCGACUUCGUCGUCCUCACCAAGGACGCUGGCGAGGGUGUGCCGGACAUUCGCGUAAUCGGUCCGGGAGGCGUCAAUCGACCGGUGCAAAUGACCAAAACCGACGCCACGACUUACAAAUGCCACUACACGCCGAUCAAGGAAGGCCGUCACGUAGUGAUGAUCACGUAUGGCGGCAAAGAGAUUCCCAAGUCGCCCUUCGAGGUCAACGUGGGUCCUUACAAGGAGUCCAACAUCAGGGCUUUCGGACCGGGUCUUCACACCGGCGUCGUCGGGCAACCGGCGAAGUUUACAGUAGACACAAACGGUGAGACUGGCGCUCUUGGUUUCUCCAUCGAAGGUCCAUCCAAAGCGAAGAUAGAGUGCAACGAUAAUGGCGAUGGAACCGCCGAUGUUUCCUACCUGCCCACUGCGCCGGGCCACUACGCGGUCCACAUCCUUUGCGAUAACGAGGAUAUCCCUAAAUCGCCUUAUAUCGCGAGUAUUUCUCCGAAGGCCGACUUCGAUCCGGAGAAGGUUGAAGUUCAUGGACCAGGAAUUCAGCCAGAAGGUGUUGCCAGGGACAAACCGACGCACUUUACGGUGGAUGCGAGAAAAGCCGGUCAAGCGGCUCUGGAAGUCGCUAUCCAGGAUGCUCACGGAAGAGAAGUUCCACUCAGAUUAGAGGACAAGCGGGACGGCACUGUUCAGGCGCAUUAUACACCUACAUCUAGUUCCCAGCACGUUGUGAUGGUGAACUACGGCGGAGUGGCCACGAAGAAAUCUCCGUACAGAGUUAAGAUAGCGUCGCCCUUGAAUCCUGCCAUGGUCUCCGCUUUCGGUCCCGGUCUUGAGAAAGGGGUGAAAUCGAACAUUCCGACACAUUUCAACGUCGACUGUCGUGAGGCUGGCCCCGGUAAAUUAGACGUCAAACUGCUGAACCCCGAAGGUCGGGAGCUUCCAAUUUCGCUAACGGAUAACGAGGAUGGCACAUAUGUCGUGGACUACAUGCCGCCUCAACCGGGAAACUACACGGUGAAUCUCAACUAUGGCGGUCUGAAAGUACCCCAGUGUCCCAUUAAAGUUAACGUUCAGCCUCACGUGGACGUGUCCAAGGUCAAAGUGGACGGCUUGGAACCAACGGCCCCGGUGAACAGCCUGCAGCAGUUCCGCGUGAUAACGCAGGAGGCGGGCAGGGCGGCGGACUUCCAGGUGGCGAUCACAGCCCCGUCCGGCAAUCGCGUCAAGGCACACGUGGUGCCGAGCCACGAGGGCUACCUGGUCAACUUUACGCCUACCGAGCUGGGCGAGUAUCUGCUGGGCAUCAGCUUCGGCGGCGAGCCGAUCUCGAAUCAGCCCUACCGGCUGACCUGCGUCCAUGGCUCCGACCCGGGCAAGGUGCGCGCUUCCGGGCCCGGUCUCUCCCACGGCGUGGUGAACAAACCGGCCGAGUUCGUCAUCGACACGCGCGGGGCCGGCCAGGGUGGCCUCGGCGUCACCGUCGAGGGUCCCUGCGAAGCCGCGAUAAAUUGCAGGGACAACGGCGACGGCACCUGCUCAGUCGCUUACCUGCCCACCGAGGCUGGCGACUACGGCAUCAACAUCACCUUCAACGAGCAGCACGUGCCGGGCUCGCCCUUCCAGGCCAUCGUCGUGCCGGACGCGGACCUUUCCAAGAUCAAAGUCAGCGGGAACGGCAUCCAGCCACACGGUUUAUUCGUGAACAAACAGACGACGUUCACGAUAGACGCGAGAGACGUCGCCAAGUCGAAGACCGACGACGGCAAAGUGUCCUGCACCAUAAAUAACCCCAGCGGCGGGAAGACCGAGAAGCUCAUCAUCCCCCAGGGUGACGGCACCUACCGCGUCAGUUACACGCCUUUCGAGGAGGGCUGCCACACCAUCGACAUUCUCUACGACAACGUGCCGAUCCCGGGCUCGCCGUUCUCCGUGAACGUGCAACGCGGUUCUGAUCCCAGCAAGUGUCGCGCGUAUGGCCCUGGUUUGGAGAAAGGCAUCGUGAACAAGACGAACCGUUUUACGGUGGAGACCAAAGAGGCCGGCAACGGCGGCUUGGGUUUGUCGAUUACGGGCGACGGGGAGGUCAAGGCGGAGGCCAAGGACAAUUACGAUGGUUCCUGCACCGUCGAGUACGUUCCCACGGAACCCGGUGACUAUGAAAUCGGCAUCAAAUUCGCCGAACAGAACAUACCCGGUUCGCCGUUCAAGAUCGAAGUGGUAUCGGACUCGGAAGCGAAGAACGUAAUCGCUUACGGGCCAGGCCUGCAACCCGAGAUGGUACGCGAGGGUGUGCCCACCAAAUUCACGGUGGACACAUCCAAGUGCGCGAAAGCGGCUCAGCUGGACGUAAGACUGUCGACCGACAAGGGACAGGCGCAGAAGCCGCAGAUCAAAAGCAAGGGCGACGGUCUGUACGAGGUGACGUAUCAGCCACCACCCGCAGGAAGUAACGUGCACGUCGGCGUUACUUACGACGGCGAGGACAUCAACGGCAGUCCGUACAAAGUGAAGAUCCUACCCACUGUGGAGCCCAGCAAGGUGACUUUGUCGGGUCCCGGGGUGUCGCCCGUCUGCACUGCUUCCUUCCCAACUGACUUUGUCGUGGAUACUUCCAAUGCUGGAUACGGCGAUCUCGAAGUGCAAGUUGUGGGACCGGACCAAGUGCCACGCAGAGUGGAAGUGCAGGAUCUUGGCGACGGAAAGUACAAGGCGACCUAUCUGCCGGAUGAUUGUGGCCGCUACAAGGUCAACGUGAAGUAUGGCGGCAAGGAAGUACCAGGUUGCCCGGUAAACGUGCAGAGCGUAUCCACCGGCAAGGCGGACCAGUGCAAGAUCAAAGAGGGCAUUCAGCAUACUUUGGCUCAGGGCGAGGAGUACUGCAUCACUGUGGACACGAAAAAUGCAGGCCGCGGUGCAGUGACCUGCCGCAUCCGUUCCACUUCCGGAAGUGAAGUCGUUGACAUUGACAUUGAAGACAACGGCGAUGGCACAGUUAACAUUUACUAUACUGUUGCCGAUGCGGGAGACUACACCCUUAGCAUUAAGUUUGGCGGUCAACCGGUGCCUGACGGAUUCUAUACCUUCACAGCAUCCGAGGAGUAUCGGGAACAUAGCACGCACAAAACUCAACGGGCUCGCAAAACACAGCAGAGACAAAAUCAACACGUUGUCGAGCAGCGCAGCACAACUGUACAGGAGAGCUCCACUGUCACCACAAAGCGUAGCAGCCAGCAGGAGGUAUCGAAAAAGAAUUUCAACGUUAUCCGAUUGAACUCCAUCCCACUACCUCUUGCAAGCGGUGGCACAGUUACUUCCGAAGUGAAGAUGCCUAGCGGAAACGUGGACAAGCCCGUUAUUGAGGACAAUCACGAUGGUACGGUAUCCAUCAAGUACGAGCCAAGGGAAGAGGGCCUCCAUGAGAUUUAUGUGAAAUUCAACGGCGAACACGUCCAGGGUUCUCCUUUUAAAUUCCACGUCGAUUCCUUGGCGAGUGGAUAUGUAACAGCGUAUGGACCAGGUUUGGUCUACGGCGUUUGCGGUGAACCUGGAAACUUCACUAUCUCAACAAAAGGCGCCGGGGCGGGUGGUCUCUCCCUGGCCGUUGAAGGGCCAAGCAAGGCCGAAAUAAGCUGCCAUGACAACAAGGAUGGCACGGUGUCGGUGUCUUAUCUACCCACUGCGCCUGGAGAAUACAAGAUUACCGUUAAGUUUGGUGACAAACAUAUCAAGGGCAGUCCUUUCGUCGCCAAAAUUACGGGCGAGGGCCGCAAGAGGAAUCAGAUCUCCGUGGGUUCUUCCAGCGAGGUGCAGCUGCCGGGUAAGGUAUCCGACGCCGACAUCAAGUCUCUGAAUGCGUCCAUUACGGCACCCAGCGGCCUGGAGGAGCCAUGUUUCCUGAAGAAGAUGCCGGGAAGCGGCAACAUGUGCGUGUCAUUUACGCCGCGCGAAGCGGGCGAGCACGUAGUGGGCGUGAAGAGAAUGGGCAAGCACAUACCGAACUCACCCUUCAAGAUCGACGUGAAGGAUCGCGAGGUUGGUGACGCGAAGAAGGUCAAGGUCUCUGGUCCCGGGCUGAAGGAGGGCAAAACUCACGUGGAGAACAACUUUUCGAUCGACACGAGAAACGCUGGCUUCGGCGGUCUCUCUCUAUCGAUGGAGGGCCCGAGUAAGGCUGAGAUUCAGUGCAAGGACAACGAGGACGGCACCCUCAACAUCUCCUACAAGCCCACCGAGCCCGGCUACUAUAUUAUGAAUCUCAAGUUUGCGGACCACCACGUUCAGGGUUCACCGUUCACCGUCAAGGUCAGCGGAGAGGGCAGCAAUCGACAGAGGGAGAAGAUCCAAAGGCAGCGCGAGGCUGUGCCGAUCACCGAGGUUGGUAGCCAGUGCAAGCUGACCUUCAAGAUGCCCGGUAUCACGUCCUUCGACCUCGCCGCCACCGUCACGUCACCCGGCGGCGUCACCGAGGACGCCGAGAUCAAGGAGGCCGAGGAUGGCAUCUACGCGGUAGCAUUCGUGCCCAAGGAGCUGGGUGUGCACACGGUGUCUGUACGUUACAAGUCCAUGCACAUCCCCGGCUCGCCUUUCCAGUUCACGGUAGGCCCGCUUAGGGACGGCGGUGCCCAUAGAGUUCACGCGGGUGGACCUGGUCUAGAGAGGGGAGAGCAAGGCGAACCAUGCGAGUUCAACAUCUGGACCAGGGAAGCGGGCGCGGGAACUCUUGCCGUCUCCGUCGAGGGACCCAGCAAGGCGCAGAUAGAUUUCAAGGAUCGUAAGGACGGCAGCUGUUACGUCAGCUACGUCGUCAGUGAACCCGGCGAAUACAGGGUGGGAAUCAAGUUCAACGAUCAGCACAUCCCUGACUCGCCGCACAAGGUUUACAUCUCGCCGGCGAUGGGCGACGCGCACAAGCUCGAGGUCGCGCAAUUUCCCGAGAGCGGAGUGCAACCUGACAAGCCGUGCACCUUCCUGGUGCGCAAGAACGGCGCGAAAGGCGAACUGGACGCGAAGAUCGUGUCUCCGAGCGGUGCCCAGGAUGACUGCUUCAUCCAGAAUAUCGAUGGGGAUACGUACUCGGUAAGGUUCAUGCCGACGGAGAACGGCAUUCACCAAAUCCACAUGAAAUUCAACGGAGUGCAUAUAACGAACAGUCCGUAUCGCGUCAAAGUUGGUAAAGUGGACGCUGACCCGGCGGCGUUGCACGCCUACGGCAACGGCCUGAAGGAUAUCAAGACCGGUCAGAAGACCGACUUCAUCAUCGACACGUGCAACGCGGGCAGCGGGGCGCUGGGAGUCACUGUAGAUGGACCCAGCAAGGUCGCUAUGGACUGCACUGAGGUCGAGGAGGGCUACAAGGUCAGAUACACGCCUUUGGUACCGGGCGACUACUACAUUAGCAUCAAGUACAACGGCUACCACAUCGUGGGCUCGCCAUACAAGGUUCCUUGUACAGGCGCGGAUUUGGCGGAAAGAGGUGCGCAAGAGACAAGCUCGAUCGUCGUCGAGACCGUGCAAAAGAUAUCGAAAAGCAAGCAGACUGGACCGAUAUUGCCGUUGUUCAAGUCCGACGCGGCCAAGGUGACGAGUAAAGGCAUGGGUCUCAAGAAAUCUUAUCUAGGGAAACAAAAUCAAUUCACCGUGCACGCGGGAGAUGCCGGUAACAAUAUUCUUUAUGUGGGCGUAUACGGGCCCAAAGGGCCGUGCGAGGAAGUCUACGUGAAACACACGGGCCGCAACAAUUACAAUGUGAGUUACCUACCGCGCGAGCGGGGCGAGUACAUCGUGAUCGUCAAAUGGGGCGACGAUCACAUUCCCGGUUCGCCCUACAAAGUUGAAGUUUAAGCCGGACCAACAGCCCGACUAGACGCAACGCGUCUGCAACCGCAGCGACGGUCAAUAAAAUAGAGCCAUGCGUCGUACUUUCGUUGUAAACUACACGGGUCCUCGAGUUCACAUUCAACCUCGCCAAAAAAAGAAACAAAUUAAGUGCCAAUUUAGAUUUGCGAUCGUAAACUCGUAACUCGAUAUCAACUAUUGGCGAGAAAUAUCUAAAAGCGAUCCGGCCUACGUCGAAACGACAUGUGUUAUCUCGAUUUUUAGAAUAGCAGUCAUAUACAGAAGACAACUAUGACACUGACGAUAAACUCGCGUUGUGACUUCUCGUCGACAUAGUUCAUUCGCUUAUCCUUCCAAGGUCCUCGGAACAUAAUGUUGGAUAUUUUAAAAAUUGACGAUUUUUCUUAAACAAAUUAUUGUAUAUAUGUAUAUUAUAUGUACAAUAUACAAUACAAUUGUAUUGUAUAUUAUAUAUACAAUAUACAAUACAAAACAAAUAGAAUUGUCAUUAGAAAUGACGAAAAA